AUGAGUGAUAAUAAGUCAAAAUUAGCUUCGUAUGGUGGAGCUACAGCUUCAUCGACAGCCAUUUCAGCUUAUCAAGGAAUUUAUGGCAUGCCUAUGGUGACGAGUGCUGCUACAGCUAUUGGUGGUGCUAUAGUUUGUGGAGCUGGCGAAUCAGCAGUCAAAAAUUUCAAGUGUAAAGAUGGUGAUAUUGGCACGAACUUCCAUCAAAAUGGGUUUAACGUUGCGAAAGAUGGGAGUUUGGUUAGUAUUGCUGGAAAAGCGUAUGUCGGAAAAUCAGGAUUGAAUGUUGGUGCAAAAGUGGCUGGUUUAGAGUUGACGGAUGAUACUGAUAUUCAAAUUUCGGCGUUGAAGACUGGUGCCAAUCUUGAAGUUUUGGGUCCCAGGAAUUUGAUAGAUGCUGGUGUUGAAGGGAAAGUGAUUCGUUUUGAAAGCGGUGAUGGACUGUUUGGAAUUGGUCUGAAUGUUGAUACCGGAGUUCAAAUUGCGAAAGACAAAGUCAAAGUAGAAGUAUUGGGAUUCGGAUUUUCAGUUGGAGAACAUGGUGUUGGUUUCAAGCUUCCAUUGUUUGACAUUAAUUUUUGA